AUGUCUUCGGCGCUCAACAAGACGCGCAGAAAGAAGAAUGUCAAGAAGGGAAUCCAAUUCUGCCUGAUGGUCUGCGGCGCCUCAGGAACCGGCAGGACGACAUUCGUCAACACGCUCUGCGGCCAGCAAGUCCUCACCCACAAGGACUCGGACGACCCGUCGACGGCUCACAUUGAAGAGGGUGUUAAGAUCAAGCCCAUCACCGUUGAACUCGACGAGGAAGGCACUCGCAUCUCUCUCACCAUCGUCGACACGCCCGGCUUUGGUGACCAGAUUGACAACGAGGCCAGCUUCUCAGAAAUCGUCGGAUACCUCGAGCGACAAUACGAUGGCAUCUUGGCAGAGGAGUCGCGUAUCAAGCGUAAUCCUCGCUUCCGGGAUGAUCGUGUGCACGUUCUCCUAUACUUCAUCACACCCACCGGUCACGGACUACGUGAACUCGACAUUGAGCUGAUGAAGCGCCUAUCGCCCCGUUGCAACGUCAUCCCUGUUAUUGGAAAGGCCGACUCUCUCACACCCGCCGAAUUGGCCGAGUCAAAGAAGCUCGUCAUGGAGGACAUUGAGCACUACCGCAUUCCCGUCUACAACUUCCCAUACGACAUCGAGGAGGACGACGAGGAUACCGUGGAGGAGAAUGCUGAGCUUCGUGGUCUCAUGCCCUUUGCCAUUGUUGGAUCAGAGGACAUCGUCGAGGUCAAUGGCCGAAGGGUGCGCGCCCGUCAAUACCCAUGGGGCAUCGUAGAGGUAGAUAACCCUCGCCACUCGGACUUCCUGGCCGUACGAAGCGCGCUUCUUCACAGCCAUCUUGCCGAUCUCAAGGAAAUCACCCACGACUUCCUCUACGAGAACUACCGUACCGAGAAGCUCAGCAAGAGCGUGGAGGGUGGCGCUGCUGCUGACUCGUCAAUGAACCCAGAGGACCUGGCCAGCCAAUCUGUACGCCUAAAGGAGGAGCAGUUGAGACGCGAAGAGGAGAAGCUGCGCGAGAUCGAAGUCAAGGUCCAGCGAGAGAUCAACGAGAAGCGCCAAGAGCUAUUGGCCCGCGAGAGCCAGCUCAAGGAGAUUGAAGCCCGCAUGCACAGGGAACAGAGCGGCCAAUUGCAGGAGCACGAGGGUGACGAGUCCUAA